UUCUCUAAAUGGGAAAAGCGAAAAAAAGAAAAUUCGAUUUAUACGAGAUAGAGACAGAAUUGGUGGGAGAAGCGAGGGAACAGAGAGGAACUGCCGAUUCCUCGCUGUUUGAUUUUAUUUUUAUAAAUAUUGAAUUUUCUGGUGGCGUCUCCGGUAUCGCAGUUCGUCGCGAUCUCUCCAGACGGUGGCCGGAAUAGGAUUGAUUUUUUCUUUUUUUUUUAGGCGGGAAUUGCUUUUCUUUUUUCUGAACGAAGAUGGUGAGCUCUAUGGUGGACAAAGCAACCAGCAGCAUGCUGAUCGGGCCUGAUUGGGCUAGGAAUCUUGAGAUCUGCGACAUGCUGUGUCGCGACCCUGUGCAAGCGAAAGAUGUUAUGAGAGGCAUAAAAAAGCGGCUUGGAAAUAAAAAUCCUAAAGUUCAACUUCUUACACUAACUCUACUAGAGACUAUUGUAAAAAACUGUGGGGACAUUGUCCAUAUGCAUGUUGCAGAGAGAGAUGUUCUCAGUGAUAUGAUUAAAAUGGCCAGGAAAAAGCCUGAUUUUCAUGUCAAAGAAAAGAUAUUGGCUCUGAUUGACACUUGGCAAGAGGCUUAUGGUGCAAAUUCAAGAUAUCCACAAUAUCAUGUUGCAUACCAAGAGUUAUUGCGUGCCGGGGCAGUAUUCCCUGAGAAGAAUGACAGCUCUGCUCCUGUAUUUACUCCUCAAACACAACCUUUGUCUUAUCCCCAAAGUAUUCGCAAUCCUGAUAGGCAAGAGAGAGUAGAGAGAGUUGAGUCUUCUGCAGAGCCCGAUUUCCCAACCCUGAGUGUGACAGAAAUUCAGAACGCACGGGGUAUUGUGGAUGUCCUUUCUGAAAUGAUAAAUGCAUUAGAUCCUGCAAACAAAGAGGGACUUAAGCAGGAGGUGAUUAUUGACUUAGUGGAGCAGUGCCGUGCCUACAAGCAAAGAGUUGUACACCUUGUUAAUUCAACAACGGAUGAAUCACUCUUAUGUCAAGGUUUAGCAUUGAAUGAUGAUUUGCAGUGUAUACUAGCAAAGCAUGAAGCGAUAGCUUCAGGAACUUAUCAAGCAGACAAAUCUAAGCCUGAAGCUGCAAGAGAACUUGUGAAUAGCAAUGGUGGCCUAGUUGAUACCGGGGGCAGCAGCAAACAGUCUGAGGGAAGAUCUACCUCCAGCACAAAUUCUCAAGCCCCUGCAACUAACGGUUCAACUCCUCCGGCACCAGUAAAUCCCAAAAUGGACCUUCUUAGUGGUGAUGACUACAAUAUGCCGAAGGCAGAUGAUUCACUUGCCCUUGUUCCUGUGGGAGAACCACAACAAACUACUCCUGCGUCAUCACAGCAAAUGGCCCUCGUUCUCUUUGAUAUGUUUCCUAACAGCAACAACACUUCUAAUUCUGUAAACACCCAAUCUUCAGGUUUGUCCGGACAACUAUAUCCUUUGGCUCCUCAAAUUCAGCAGCAGAACAUUUUGGCUCCUCAAAUUCAGCAGCAGAAUGGAAAUGCACCAAACAUCAGGUUUCCUCGAUAUGAGCAAUCAUUUGCUCAGGGCACAGGUCCUGCCUGGAACAAUCAGCUGGUUCAGCAGCAGCAGCAACAACAGUCCCCGUCACCCGUCUAUGGUGCCCCAAGUAGUAGCUCACUACCACCACCACCCUGGGAAGCAUCAGGGGCAGACCCUGGCCCAGUCACAGUUCCUCAGUAUCCCCAGCCACUGGUUACUCAAGUUGCUGCAACACACGGCCAACCUCCCUUAGGACCUCAACCUAUGGGAAGCGAACAAGUGGUGGGUAUAUACAUUCAGCCAAUCACAACUAGUCAUUUAUCGGCAAUUAAUAUUCAGCAACAGCCUGCUGUUUUCCCUCCCCAACGAGUCCAGGGACCGCAAUAUAAUAUCGGUGUUUUCCCUCCCCAACGAGUCCAGGGACCGCAAUAUAAUAUCGGCAUGGUUCCACCACAAAUGGCAGUAGUUCCCCAGGCAAUGGCUCCAGCGUAUCCUCCUCAACAAAUGUAUGGUGGCCACCAAACAGUACCAUAUUCCAGCGGUUAUGGUCAACAACAACAAUAUCUUGAUCAACAAAUGUAUGGGCUAUCCAUCAGAGACGACAAUGGUUCCACUUCAUCUUACAACCCACCAACCAGGCCUUCAAAACCAGAGGAUAGGCUAUUUGGAGACCUGGUUGACAUGGCCAAAAUUAAAUCAACAAAAACCAAUCCCGCAAGACCUCGUACUGGUAGUAUGUGAAUCUUCAAAUUUUUUUUUUGUUACAUAUUUUUUGGUGACUAAGUUGUAUACCUUUUUCUUGAAUAUAUAUAUAUAUUUUACAUUUCUAUUAUAUAUAUGUAUAUAUUUGGUUUUCUUCUUUUAUGACAAAUAUUAAUUUUAUUGUGAUUUAAUGUAUAUGAUGAAAUUCUUUUCCAA